CGGUAUUAUAAGUUUCACUUAUAAUGAUGUUAGUUGUACUACCUAUGUCUAUGGUAUGUUCUCAAAAGGCUUCGUCGAUCCAGAGAAAAAUUGUUAUGAUAUAGUUCUCAAUGAUCCUUCUGGAAAGACUAUCUAUACUUUGACAGAUCAAUUAGGCUUAGAGUUUGAAGAUGGUGGUACUAAACCGUUUUACGCAACUAUCGAUUUUGACUUUAUGAAAUUUUUUAUCAAUUGA